AUGCCACUGACCGAAAAAGACGUCCAGGUUUGCGCCGGGGUCAUCCUCGUCGACAAUGGCGACUCAGCGCUCGAAAACGGCAAAGCUGGUGUAAACCCAUUCCCCGUCGAAGUAUGGCUCGAGGUAUUGAAGCAACGCCCACCGCUACGGCCGGCGAUGGCGGCUGCUCUACCUUUCACCAUUGCGGAACUCCAAGCUGCGAUGAGGACGACCGGACCCCUUUACGCCGCUCAAGUCCAGGCAUUGGCUCAGGCAAAAGGCCAAGCGGGCUUUCGGCGCACUGGACACGUGGUUUCCACAGAUCACUACGCUAGUCCGACCCCAACCCGUCCCCCAAGAGCUAUGGGAGGCAUAGAAACGCCGAUGAGUCUGGCGUUGCCACCGAUGCCCGCCAGUACUCCGGUGUCCUACGCUCCUCACCCAAAUUUGGAUUUUACGGAAAGUCCCACUCCACUGUAUUGUGGAGAGGCAGUCGUCACACAGUCUUCAGGGAAAACGAUGUGGGAGCCUAAGCAUCAGCCAGACCGAGUGGCGGUAGUAACAAACUCGUGGCACACCAAAAGAGCACCGCAUACAUGUGCGGGCCUAGCUCUCCUUUCACCUGCUUCCUUUGACAUUGGCUUGACAUGGAGCUGGGACAAGAAGGGGCGACCGAAAGCCAAAAAGAGGAAGGCAAACGGUGGUCCGGAACCGCAAUCAAAGCCUCUCAAAACGUUUCGUCGCUGUGUAUUCUUCGUACCGCACUUGGACAUUGGCAACAUUUCGACCGGAACCCAGGAGGCGCUCACAAAGCACAGGUACAAGGUAGGUGUGGACUUCACCGAGGGAUGGGGAUACAACGAGAUAUACGGCGCUAUCAGUGCAGCGUUUCGCCAUCUUCCAGAUUUCCCUUGGGCAUUCGAAUUCUCACAACGUAGGCAUCAGAAUAUCAGUCCGCUCGGCUGGCAGCCAAACGAUGUUAAGUGGGACAUUUUCUGGGAAUAUGCAAAGAAGAUAGACAAAAAAUCCUUUCGGACAAAGAAGAUUUGGGAAGCCUUUGAGAUUAUGCACUACAACGACAUUCAGUCUGAUCCUGUCAAGAGCGCUGCCAUGGGGCCUCCCAUUGAGUCGGACUCGGAUGGUGAGACGGCCGACUUCACUAACAUGAUGCAAGGCAUUAUCCCCGCCGUGGGCCGCAGCAGGGCUGGGGCCAUAAAUGGAAAGGGAAAGGGGGGAUUGCCAGAGGACGAAACGGAGACGUCUGAAGCCCUGCGUGGGCCGAAAUGUGGCGCAUGGAACAUCUCCCCUAGGAAACCCCACCUGGCCUACAUACGGGAAUCGCCGAAUCGGGAGCUCCGCCAUCUGGCAUUCCCAAACAUACCUCUUUACGUGCCUGCUCGUUCGCCUUCACCUCCUGAUGAUGCAUUUUUAAUCCCAUUGCCUCCAACCUCGGAGGAAGUCAGACGAAAGAUAGCGGAGGAGAACGCAAGGCCCUUCGAGAAACUACCGGUCAACCAGUGUGUAAGCAUGUUUCUUAAGGAGCAAACCGGCUACUACGACAAGACUGACAAAGAUUUGCGUUUUUACAAAAAGGGAAGAGAGGGCGCUCUCCAGUUUCUUCAGGACCUGAUGGAUGUUGGGAACGGCGGAAGAUGUGUAGAUGACGGCGGUGCACACGCAGCUGCAAUGGCUUACCAGAAUUGGUUAUGCUUUCCAGGCAUGGGGUUCGCCCGGGGGCACUUUCCUAACGAGCGCAUUUCAGAGGCAUAUGCUUGGUGUCCCAAUGCGGUGGAACAAAGGAGUGUGCCAGCGACGUCCAGCGGCACCGUCCAGGAUACGCAGUCCGUCUUCGGUGGAUAUGCUGGCAGUACCGGCAUGCGCCACAUGUAUGGGACAAGAUCGCAGACCAAGCGACGGGUCAAACCGCCAUCCCUCCCUGCUGACGCCUCGAAGUACGUUAAGGCGCCUGAAUCUUAUGAUCUGACCUUACCGACGCCGAAACCAAAUGAACUGCUGGCCUGUGAACCCAGUAGCGGCGCGCCCGCAGUGCCCUCCACCCAAGACAAGAUCCGUUUCCCUUUCUACCAUACGCGUGAUGCGGAAGACCUGUUUUCUGGGAGCAUUGCAGAGUCAACCGGCAAGGACCUUGGCGACGAAGUAACUCGUAGUGAAUCGGUAACGCUCCCGAAUGGUCGAAUAAAGAAUUCAGUGGCGGAUGCUGUCUGGGCCCGGUGCACGGACGUAAAGAACGCCACGUUUAAGCCAUCGUUCAAUUUCGUGGGCGAGGACGGCAUGGAUGCGGAGUUUCGCAUCGGGGGCGGUCUCACCAAGGAAGCUUUCCAGAUUGCCAUCAAGACUUUCACUGUAGAAACCGACCCUCACUGGGAAGGUGCACAGGGCCUCCUUCCGGUAUCCGGCAUCCCGGCAGCAAACCUGGACUUCAGGGGGUUCGGGGGAUUGUUGGCUCACUCUGCAUUGCACGGCAAUGUGUUUCCAGAGACCCUCUCACCCAUCCUGAUCAAUGUUCGCUGUCAUCCGGAAAAUGAAAUGUCCUGCCGGUUUAUCUCACCAAAGAUGAUAUCAUGUUUCAACCGCUCCCUUGGAUGGGUUGUGGAGGUUCUUACGGACUACCGGAUGGACGACAUGGCGAUCGACUCAGGCCCCGCGUUGACUCCUGCACAAAAGAGAGCAAAAGUCAAGGAAGAAGUCACUACGUUGUGCCAGCAUUUCGGUUACCCCAUCGAAGCGGAAUGGGACAAGCCCGUCGCUUUUGCUCAAGAUCUAACCAAACAUGUCUUGUACACCUGUCGUCGCCCAGCCAUCCAUCAGAUCAAGGAAGGGAUCGCUUCGGUCGGGAACUUCGUCUCUGGCACGCCAUGCGCGGUAUUGUUUCAUCUAUUCAAUUGGCGUCUGGACGUCGACCAGCUGUUCCAGAAGAUUGUGUAUUUGCCUCCCAUUGUUGAUUGCCGUAAAGAGGAAAAGACAGAACUAGUGAAGGGAUGGUUUCGCAUGGCGCUCAAUGCACCUAGAAGGGGCAUGUCUCGGCGUGACCUGCUGUUCUUCUGGACGUCAAGCCGUGCACUGCCGCUGAAGGACAGGAUAGUUGUGGAUAUCGCUCAGCACGAAGGGGAUCGUUUGCCUUCGUCUCGUACUUGCAGCGACACGUUGGAGCUGCAUCUAGGUUUCCGAGAUGCGGGCCACCUAGCGGAUCGCUUGUGGUAUGCAGUGUGGCUAUCCAAAGAUGGAGGGUUCCAAAUUCCAUAG